CAAACGGACGACGGACAAAAUGUGAUCAGAAUAGCUCACUUGAGCUUUCAGCUCGGUGAGCUAACAAUUGCACAAAGUUCAAAGCCUCUUGGACCACCCGACUUUGAAGUACAGGGAGGUACACUCAGUGCGUUGGAUGUCAUUUUAUGAAGCAUUAGAAGCAGUGUUUAGAACAUUAGAUCCCUUACUCACUUACCUUCACAGCAGAGGUCUAAAGGAUCCAACCGCAAAGGGUUUGUUAAAGUCCCUGGCCACAACACAGUUCUUGUACAUAACUCACAUGAUGAUGGAUGUCAUUCCUAUUGUCUCAAAACUAUGCCUUACCUUCAAAGCGAGCAACUUGAUGUGGCAAAAGCAAAGGUAUCACUCAACCUUUGCAUCACUGAUCUGGAGGCUUACAAGAAUGAGCAAGUCUUGUACAAGACACAUGUGGAGGAGUACUUCGAGACUGUUGUCCAAAAUGAGCAGGAUGGCCAUUACUACUUUAAGGAACACAGGCUGCUGAACACCAAUGCCAAUUUAAAGGCACUGAGGAGUUCCUUUGUUAACAAACUUAUUGAAAACAUUAAAAGCAGAUUUCCUAAAAAGAGUCUCCUUGAUUCUUUCUAUGUUUUGUCAAUGCGAACCAUAAACUUUGAAGAUCUUAACACUUAUGGAAAUGAGGAAAUACUGAAACUGGUGUCUUUCUAUGGAGAGAAACAGUAUCAUAAGGGUUCCACAUCAGACCCGAUUCUUGACAAGGAUGCUGUCCUACGCCAGUGGUCAGAGGCCAAAACUAUUGUUAAGGAGGCUCGAUACCCUGUUGACAACAUGGAGGCUUUGUGGGGCCUACUGAUAAAGCACCAUGCUGAAGAUAUACCUGAACUGAUAAAGCUUGCACUCAUAGCUCUAGUCCUCCCACUACCUACAGCUGGUUGUGAGAGGGUCUUUAGUCAGCAAAACAUUAUAGUUUAUAAUAAACUGAGAAACAGACUGUCUCCUGCACAAAGUGAAAAACUUCUGAAAAUUCGACUGGAAGGGAAGGGGGUUACUGUUCAUGACUUUCACCGUUCAUUGAUAUCUUUUCACAAACAGAAACAAGAGGCCCAUGGGCCACAUCGCUCACCUGAGGAACAAUAGGUAUGAUAAAGUCAGCUUAAUGGAGUCAUAAUAAAAACAAUCUGGACAAUGUACAAUAAUACAUGUAGAUCCUGUAUAAAUAAAAUCCAUUUUCCCCCCUUGGAACUGGGAUAGCCCCGAUUACUGCCAAUAUUUACAAGAGCAGACUUUAAUUACCGCUCCUGCACAUGUAUAGGGACUCAACGUUACGCAGGCAGGGAUGUCCGCACACCUACGCAACUCAACAGGUACCAACGUUAACGCAAGCAGGAAUGACCACACACUUGCGCCAACAGCUCAACUUAACACAAGCAAGUAUGACCGCACGCUAGUAUUAAUGCGACACAGGGCAGGAAAGAGCGCACACUCUGUGUCAUAGGUUAGAAAACACUAAGAUUAGAUAGAGAAGGGAUGUCCACACACUCAAUCUAUCUGUAAUUGUUCAAGUUUAACCCAAAACAGUCGGACAUUGUAGUGCAAGAGACACUGUCCCUAUAUAUGUGCCGGCCUAAAAUAAUUCAUAGUAUCUAAAAAUUGGAAAUCAAAAAUAAACUAACUAAUCCGGCCUAACCCAAAACUACUUAUGCAGAACAACUUAUAUACAUUGAAUAUUUAUUAUUGUAUAAAAAUAAUCAUCACAAUAAUUGGUUAACAGUGGAUGCAUUAAUUAAAAUAAUCAAGAAUCAAUAAAUCAAGGGCAAUAACUCAAUACAGUAAUACAAAAAGAUUUUAAUGAAAAAAUAGCUGCCUGCCUCAAUUUUAUAGUCAUAUCACAUGUUGAGUAUUGCAGUUUUCAAAAAGAUCCUUUUCAAUUGUUUAUAUAUGGGAUAUUUAGCUGCAUCAAACUCUGAACCUUCUUGUGAGGCCGAAGAAUUGUCCUGGAGCCAAAGUCUUAACAAUUAUAAAGAAUCAUCUUGCUGAUCCGUUUCUAAGAAGAAGAUUUUUAAAGAUUUGCUCUAUAUAUUCCUAUGUAAAACUUUAACACCCCCCCCCCAAUGUGGCCUCACCCUACCCCCAGGGAUCAUGAUUUUCACAACUUUCAAUCUACA